CCGAUUUCCACUCUACCUCUGAGCAAGUGGGAGAGACAGAAGCGCUAGUCGUCUAGGGUUGUUUGGUCUGGCUGGGUAAAUCCCGAAACGCUUCCACCCAGAGCCCAUCGCCCCAUUCCACCAAACCACCAACCACCAAGUCCUCCAUCUCCACUCAGUCUCAGCACACUGCCAACCCGCCAGCAUUCCGGUAAGCAUCUUCAUUCCUCUCGAGCUCACACCCAAAUUUCGAACUCGGCAUUCAGCGCCUGUGAUUUGACCAUGAUCUCCGGAACUAUUCGUCGUUCGGCCCUUGCCGCCCGCCAGAGCCCCUUUGUGGCCGCCCGCCGAAACCUCUCCGUCACUCCGGCUCGCAUGGGCGGAUACCACUACCCCGAGGGUCCCCGAAGCAACCUUCCCUUCAACCCUCUGACCAAGUGGUUCGCCGUCCGAUACGUCUCUUUCUGCGUCGUCGGCUUCGGACUUCCCUUCGGCAUCGCCGUCUACCAGCUCAGGAAGAACGCCUAGAUGUAUAACGUGGCACCAUUCUUGAGCGACUGUGAGGUAGAUGGGGCCAGGGUGAUUGUGGUACAUGCAGCUUGCUUCGAGCACAAGUGCUGGGUUUCGUUAUGCUCGAACUUUGUAUCAUAAUGGAUAGAACCGAUCUUCAUUGGUACCCACUCUGCAUGCGUGUUGCCUUCCUGUGUGUUGGGAAAGAUCGAGGGGGUAGUUUUCUGAGGCAUAUGUUGAAAUCGAACUGCGUAGGCGGCGACGGCGGAAUGUGGC